UAUUUACUCUGCAAGCAGUAACUGCAUGGAAGCUGAUUCAGUAGGCGGGCUAAACUAUAAGGCCGAAUUAAACUCUGCCUCUUUUGCACGACUAAUGGCGGAGACACGAUUGGAAAAAAGACUUUAUUCGUUUUUCGAGAGCUACAAGCGGAAACUUCGCUUGGACUCCCCGACAGAUCAGAAGGCAGCAACUGGUCUACAGGAACAUAGGAUGACUAAUGAGGAUGAAGCAAGUGAUAAGAAAUGUCUGGUUUCACUGGAAAAAUUCACAGACAAGAGGGGAACGAGCUCUAUACCAUUAGCUUGCUUUAACUUCAUCAAUUCCAUCAUCGGAUCAGGAAUUAUAGGGCUGCCUUACUCAAUGAACCAGGCGGGACUUCCUUUAGGGAUUGCGCUCCUGGUUAUCGUUGCCCUCAUUUCUGAUUACUCUAUUAUCCUGCUGAUUAAAGGAGGGAAUCUCUCAGGAGCCUGGAGUUACCAGUCAUUAGUACAAAACACGUUUGGCUUUAUUGGAUAUUUGAUUCUAUCUGUUUUGCAGUUUUUAUACCCUUUUAUUGCUAUGAUCAGCUACAACAUCAUUACUGGUGACAUGCUGACCAAAGUUUUCCAGAAGGUACCUGGAGUCGGGCCCGAUCAUCUUUUUGCCGAGAGACACUUCGUCAUCUUCCUGACAACGAUUCUUUUCGCACUCCCGUUGUGUCUCUAUCGUGACGUAUCGAAGCUCGGAAAGGUGUCUUUAGUCUCGAUGAUCUUCACCAUCAUGAUCAUGAGCGUCGUCGUCAUCAGCGCUGCCACUCUCAGCCUUGAAAUACCUCCGGUGGAGAAUGCAUGGUCUUUUGCCCAUUGGAAUGCAAUUCAGGCAAUCGGUGUGAUGUCUUCUGGGUUUAUAUGUCACCAUAACAGCUUCAUGAUCUACAAUUCUUUGAAGGAGCCCACCCUCAGCACCUGGUCUCGAGUCACACACAUCUCCGUCAGCUCCGCCGCGCUCAUCAGCUUACUGUUCGCAACAGCGGGCUACGCUACCUUCACUGGGUACACGCAAGGAGACAUAUUUGAAAACUACUGCAGAAGCGAUGACUUGGCCACGUUUGGUCGCUUUUGUUUUGGGAUCAGUAUAAUAACAACCUUUCCUCUUGAAUGCUUUGUGACUCGAGAGGUGGUGUCAAAUGUGUUUUUCCAUGGAGUGCUCAGCAAUGUAGCCCAUGUCGUUGUUACUGUGGUGAUAAUCGCAGUAUCCACAGUAAUCUCCCUAACGUACGACUGCCUGGGCAUUGUUCUGGAAUUAAAUGGAGUUCUCUGUGCCACUCCGCUGAUUUUCGUCAUUCCGUCAGCGUGUUACCUGAAGCUGUCUAACAACCGAUGGUUUCAGGGAGAGAACUUCGUUUGCUGCAUCCUCCUGCUGGUGGGAGUGUGUGUCAUGGUCAUUGGUUUAGCCAUGACCGUCCUGUAUCCCCAAGACUGCUCUCACGGAGCGGAGAUGUUCUACUGCAUCUCAAACGUCUCUGCCCUCAAUGCAACGCCAUCUAGCACGAUUUCUGUGCCAGAGGUUUUCAGUGUGUCUCCGAAUGCGACCAAUUUCUGAGAUGCCUGCUUAAUUGUGCUUAAUUUAAAGAUGGUUUCACAUUUUAUUCCCUUUUACAAAUUAAUAGUAAUGGUUAAUUACACUUGUAAUAUGUUUAUAUAAAAUAUAUAGUUAUCAACAGUAACUUUUUUCUAGCCUGAAAUUUUAUGCAAACUUCUAAAUUAAUGUCAAGUACAAUACGUAUCUACGUUAACUAAACCAGAAAAACAACCUGAAUAAGGCUUGCAGUGGAUUAUGGAUGUUAUGAAAAGAACGGCCACAUGACGGCGCUAUGAAAUAUAUUAAACAUUCCUACUUGCAUCUGUA